ACCGCAAAGGCCCAUCUCCCUCUCUCGCGAACCGAGGGGCAUUCCUCCGUAAUUACCACCAAAUACCGCGCCCCUUUUUUUUUUUCUCCUCGCUUCGUUUUCCUAUUCUCGGCCCAUUAUCUACAAAACAGGCGAACCCUAGCUUCUGCAUUUUCCUGCCGUAAUUAAAAAUUAAAAAAAAAACUAAAAAAAAAAAAUUCCCCGCCCGUGUCUUCGAUCCCGAUCAUUUUCUUCCUCGAUUCGUCGUCGGUAUCUUCCAUGAGCUUGUAAUUGAUCCCCCGUUUAAUCUAUCCCUUUUUUUUCCCUAUCGAUUCGUACCCUUUUUUGACGCGAUCCGUGCCUCGGAUUCGAUUCUAGGGUUUUCGUUCUUCGACCCCGUGGCGGAAGUCUCAGAUCUGGGUGUCCCCUUGUACGAUAAUCUUCUUUGGUUUUCGGAUUUGGCUUCUGUAGCCUCUAUAGGUUUUUCCCGAUUUGCGGUAUAGGUUUUUGGCUCGGGGGUACUUGGUCCUCCUUGCUUUUUGAUUCCAUAGAAAGUUGGUCCGAUCGCUUGGAUCGGCCGAGUUUUGGGGUGUGAUUGUCGGACGGCUGUGUGGAUCCCUCGUUUCGACGGUGUGAAUCCGGUGGCUUGGUGGGGAAUUUGAAGAUCUAGGGUUAGGUCUCUGGUGGAGAUUGGGGAUUUCGGCUUCAGGUGCAACCGGAUUGGGGGAAAGCUUCAGGUGCCCGUCUAAUUUUGGGGAUUCGGUCACUAUUUCGCGAUCUGCUUUCGUACCUGAAGAGAACAUAUUUCGAGCAGUUAAAACAUGGUACAUAAACGGCCUUUUGAUGGUGAGGGACAGCAUGAAGUAGCUUCAAAGCUUCCAAGACAAGAACACUGCGAUAAGCUAGCUUUGUUUUCUGAGUUUGGUUCCUUUGGAGACACUGCUAAAGUACCUGAUGGAUCAGGUGAGGCAGGGUUCACAGUAGUAAGAAAAGUUGAGCAGGAGCUUGGUGGGGAGAAAAAGACAAAACCAUCUUUAAGCAAUGAGGACGAAGCAGAUUGCACUUUUCCCAGAAGCUAUUCCAUCUCUUCCUGGGGCUCCGGUAGUACCAGUGAAGAAGAUACCUGGUCAGAAGUGCCCUUCCAUGGAUCUUUUUUGCCAGAAUAUUUUUAUCCUCAGCGUCCAGUGAGAACUUUGCCGCGAUAUGAGGACAUUUAUUCUUUACUUUUAGCAAACCCCCCACAAAAACCAGUUCCCAUUGGACCGGAUCAUCAAGCUGAUAUUCCAGCAUUGAGAGAGCGGGCUUUUGAAAAUGUUCCAAAUUCAGCAUCAAUUGAAGUGGAUCCUAAUUCUGAUGGACAACAGCUUAAGCAAGUGACCAGAGACGAAGAUGAAGGACAUCUAGGUGGGAUCUGUGUCAUGCCGAUGCCCAAUUGGGAACAAUUUGGUAGCAGUGAUGACAAAAUUGGGAAUGAUAGCUGUUGUUGUGGGGAUAAGGGUUCCUUUAGAUGUGUCCGAAAGCAUGUUGUGGAAGCAAGAGAUAAACUUAAGAAAGUCCUUGGGCCUGAGACUUUUGCAGAGAUGGGUUUCUUUGAGAUGGGAGAGCAUGUUGCUGAGAAAUGGACUGAUGAAGAAGGGAAGAUAUUUCAUGAGAUUGUUUUUUCUAAUCCAGCUUCAAUUGGCAAGAAUUUCUGGAAUAAUCUUUCUGCUGCAUUCCCUUCACGUAUGAAAGGGGAAAUAGUGAGCUAUUACUUUAAUGUGUUCAUGCUGCGGAAGAGGGCUGAGCAAAACAGGUGUGAUCCAAUGAACAUAGACAGUGAUAAUGAUGAAUGGCAGGCGAAUGAAGAGGAGGAUGAUUCUGUUGUUGAAUCCCCUGUACCUGGGGUUGAUCCUUCUGAUAGCAUUCACAUAUAUCAUGUCAGUGAAUAUGAUGAUGUUGAUGUUGCAGACGAACCUUGUGACGAUGACGGAAAUGCGAGUUUCAAAAGUCACGAGGUGAUGGCUGAUGUAACAGAUGGAUGGCCUGGAAAGAAUAAUUACCAGGAAAAUCACACAUUUCUGUUGGAGGAGAAAUCUUGGGAUGACAGGGUAGAUCAAGGUGCACAGGAUGAUUCGUGUACAUCUUCUGAUACAGUAGCUGUCUUGCAGGGGACCCAUGGGAAGGACUACGAAGGUUGCCAGAAUGUUUGCUUUGACAGGUUGAAUGGCGACAGAAGCCACGAUAAUGAAUCGGAUCUUGGUAAUGGGAAAGCGUGGAGUGCUGGGUGUAUGGCUUGUCCAAAAAGGGAAGUUGACUUCUUAUCCACGUUCAGUAUGAUUGAAGAGGUUUUUGGACAUGGAUCUUCAAACUGCAAGCCUGAUAGGAAGGAUCUUGGCUAGUGGUAUUCGUCAUUCCUCCGAAGAUGUGGUUGUGUGAAACUAGAGACCUGUCAAGUCGGGCAAAAUUUGCCUGGAAGACUUCCAAAUGGAAAGUGAGAUGCUCUAUUUAAAAAAGAGUCUGACAAAAGAGAUGGCUUCCAGUUUUCCUUUGUAAAUGUGGUUGGAGUGGAAGAUGGAAGUCUCGCCCUUUCCUGUAAAACUUCAUUAUCGUUUUAGAAGGUUAUUAUUUUUCAGUGUUGAGGCAGCCUCAACAGUUCGUACUCUUGUUAGUUUUCAGAUCCCCCUUGUACACCUUUUCGAGGAAUAAGAUUGUGCUGAGUUCUCCUUGGGAAGGGAAUUAGUAAAGAAAGAGUGAAAACAAGUGUCCCUAUAUGUUCAACUAUGUAACUUUCCGUUGCUUCUCGGUAGAAAAAUGCUGUAAAAGUCUCCCUUUUCUCCUCAUAAAUUGUAUUGGUCGUGUGAAGUGCGAAAGACAUCAUAUCUCCUCGGGCAGCUUUUCUAACUCGAUCUUUGUGUAACUAAAUUUCAAUUUCCUGUUUGAA